GCCAGCCCGGCUGGAGUCUAAAUAGGAGUAAUGGAAGUCCACGGUCCGUUCGAUUUGGAGUGAAACAGUGCUUUUGAUUUGACUUGCAUGUCUGAUGCAGCCAAUGUCAAUCAAUUAGGUACCUGUCCCAUGGUCUCGGACUUGGGUCAAGCUGAUUUGAGCUGAAGCUGUAUCGCUUACCUUGCAUAAGUAUGCACCGGCAUAUACGCUGUUCAACCUCGGUUGCCAAGAGUUGUCUCAAGACUACAACCAGACGCCAACCUCACUUGAGUUUGUUCACUCAUCUAUCUCACUCACUCGCUCAACCGCCGUUUAUAUUCUGAUAUAUAUGAUCUAUUCCUCUCAUAUGUGUUGAAUCGUGGAACUUCGUGCUCUUUUGUCUGUAUACAUUCUACUUGUCUGAGAACCUGUCGUCUGAGAAUUCACUGUUACUUAUUUCUAUCAAUCUUACCUACCUACUUGGCCAAACCCCCAAAGUCAGUUUCAACAUGGCAUUGAAACCAAAAAGCCCUUCAAAUACUCCAAGCAUCCAGAAUAGCACUAAAGACUUAGAGGAGCGCCUGAAAGCAUUUGCCGACACAUACAAGACCACUCAAGAUCACCAAUGGUCAACGCCUAUAAUACUAAAUCUCUCCGUCGUUUCCAGCUCGGCGUCACCUCCACAUCCCCGCGCCACGUUCCGGCUUAACGUCCUGCCCGUCCACGACAAUAGCCUGGGCAACAUGCAUGGCGGCUGUACAGCCACAGUCUUCGACAUUUGCACCACCUUCCCGCUGCAAAUGAUAUCGCGGCCCGGCUUCUGGCAGUAUGGUGGCGUGAGCCGCACCCUGAAUGUGACGUACUUACGCCCAGUGCGCGUUGGUACGACCGUUGAUAUCGAGUGCGAGGUCGUGCAUGCCGGUCAGAGGCUUAGCAGCUUGCGCGGGGUCAUGAGGGCUGCGACAACGGAUGGCACCGAGGGCCCUGUUCUGGCCAUUUGUGAACAUAAUAAAGUCAAUACCGACCCACCAGCUCCAAAGCUGUAAGAGAUGCAGACGAGGAAUGUGUCGCGGUAUCAUUGCGCUCGAUCACGGGCUUGAUUAGAGCAUCGUCUUUGCAGGAAUCUUCGUGAGCAUGCCUGGGCGCGCUAGAGAUAGAGUACAGAAUGAAGGAGUACGGAGUCUAUUUUACACGGCUAAUCAAGCUGCUGCAAUCUAGGAAUCGUAGUAUUAUGUAAAGUUUUUAU